AUGCCCUUCGAAUAUCCACAGAUUGCAGGAACCUACUUCACUUGGGUGGCCAUUGCUUUGGACAAAAUUCAGGUUUGCAAUGGUCUCAUGAAACAGAGGGAGUUCAAUGAUUUCCUUCUGGAAGUAUCUAGGGUAAUCUUUGAUGACAUUGUUGCGAUCGAUGACCUCAGCCAGCACAUCAUGAUGUUUGCUAAGAGCCUAGUGAGUGCAGACCGGUGCGCUCUCUUCUUGGUAGACACUGAAACAGAAGAGCUGUACGCUGACCAGUUUGAUGAUGGCCUAGACAGGGACGGGAAACCAGUCUUUGUCAAGAAGAGCCAGAUCAGGUUCCCAUUGAGUAGAGGCAUAGCUGGACAUGUCGCUAAGACCGGUGAUAUUGUCAAUAUUCCAGAUGCUUACCAAGAUCGAAGAUUCAACAGGGAGGUGGACGUGAAGACGGGCUACUCCACCCGCUCCAUCCUGUGUAUGCCCAUCACCAGUCACGGUCUCAUCAUCGGCGUUGUCCAGAUGAUCAACAAGAUGGGUCAAGACGGUCAGACCACCGCCUUUGACCAGACGGAUGAGAGUAACUUCAAGAUCUUUGCCAUGUACUGUGCUCUAGCACUUCACUUCUCCAGGAUCUACCGUGAUAGCCAGCAGUCGGAGAGAAAUCUUGCCGUAGUCCAAGAGCAGCUGAUCUACUACACGACAUGCAGUGAGCAGCAGGUGGACAGGCUUCUCAAUAGCUGGAAUAAACAGAGCUUCACAGUACCCACAGAGAUAGAACAGUUUGACUUUCACAGCAGACCUUACGUGAGUUCAUUAAAUGAGAUAUUCAUCUACAUGGUACAGAAGCUCUUUGGACCAUCAAGCUUUGACCUGACGACUCUAGCUCGAUUCAUCCUGACUGUCAGGAAGCAUUACAGGCUGGUGCCAUUCCAUAACUUCUGUCAUGCCUUUGAUGUGUGUCAUUGCAUGUUCAUGAUUCUCUUGCACAGUGAAGGCAGAUUCACAGAUGAGGAGAUGUAUGCCAUGUUCUUUGGGAGUAUUUGCCAUGACAUGGACCACCGUGGAUUGACCAACAGCUUCCAUGCCAAGUUUGGAACCCCUCUCGGUAAACUCUACUCAUCCUCCAUCAUGGAGAGCCAUCACAUUGCAAUGACCAUCUCCAUCCUGCAUCGGGAGGGCUUCAAUGUGUUCUCUCAUCUCCCACCCGACACAUUCAAGAAGAUAGUGGAUCUGAUCCAAGAUAUCAUCAUGUCGACAGACCUUACAAACUUCUUCCCAAACCACAAGGAGCUCUCCAAGCUGCUGGUUGCUCAAACCUUUGAUUGGACCAUAGAUCAUCACAGAUGGAGCAUUCGUAACAUGUGCAUGACGGCCUGUGACCUUUGUGCCUCAACCAAGAUGUGGCCCAUUCAGCAGCAGAUUGUC